CAUUUUUGAGUUUCAACUUCUUUUACUUGCACAUGUUGUAGCCAACAUUAUUUUUAAAUCAACUUUUACUUUUAUUCAAUCUAUUUGCUUUGAUAAAAGGUAUUUUCAGACAGUUAAGACAGUUUUUGGGGUAUUUUGCACCAAAAUAUUUAGAGUUGCAGCUCUACCCAUAUUAAGCUACUACACAAAAGCUGAGUGACGAUAAAGACAUUUUUUCCAAUGAAAUUAUUUUUAAAAUUGUCCCAUAUUGAUGAUUUCUUUUUGAUGAAUUAUAGCAAUUAUACCAGUUUAAAACGACUUUUUUUUAUUUAUUUAUUUUAAUUUUAGACCUAGUUGUUUCUUCUUUCUAAAUUUUACUAUGAAGUUAUCAAAAUAAAAAAAAUAAUAAUAAUAAUAAUUAAUAAGAAAUGGACAAAAUUUCUAAACUAUUACAAAUUUGAGAUUUUUUUUUCGCUGAUAUAAAUUUGAGAAUUUAAAUACUAAAAUUAAUAUUUAAAAACAUUUUAAUAUUAACAAGAUCUAAUAAAAAACCUUGGUAGGAAAAAUGCGAGUGCAAUUUGUAAUACCAGAGAGAGUCCUCUCUAGAACUUUCGAGCUCCUUCAACAUCUGAUCAGUGAUGUCAGCGCAUAUAUAAGGAUCAAUCGACUACGACGAUUCAUCCAAUCCAACCUUACUACUACGCCAAGCUUCUUCCUUUUUCUACUUCAUAAUCCUCCCUACUUGCCUCCAUUUUUACAGCUCGGAAUAUAUAUUACUCUCAUACAAAAUGAGUCGACACCCAUAUGUAAAAUGGGCCCAAAGAUCGGACAAAAUCUUUAUCACAGUUGAUUUACUUGAUGCAAAGGAUGUAAAACUCAAGCUUGAACCUGAUGGAAGAUUCAUCUUUUCUGCUACUAAGGACUCAAUACCAUAUGAAGUUGAUAUUGAACUCUUUGAUAAGAUCAAUGUUGAGGAGAGCAAAUAUAACGUUGGUGCAAGAGGCAUUGUAUAUGCUAUAAAGAAAGCUGAAAAGAAAUGGUGGGACAGACUACUCAAACAGGAAGGAAAGCCUCCUGUGUUCCUUAGAGUAGACUGGGAUAAGUGGGUUGAUGAGGAGGAUGAAAAUGAAAAAGGAGGAAGGGGUUUCGAUGAUGUUGAUUUCUCAUCGGGUAAUCAUGAGAAAAGUCGGGUGAAAGAACGAAAGAAGCGUCGGAGUACAUUAAACAAGUUUCUUGGGAAGUUAAGGCUUGAUUGCUUUAGGAAGCCAUGAGAGUUACAGGUUCUCUAAAUUUCUUGGCAAAAAAGAUUUUAACCGUUCUGUUCACAGUGAAGUUCAGAUGUAUGUAUAUUUGAAUUUUGUUUAGUAUUUGGGCUUUGUAAAUCAUAUGUGUGUGACAGUGUGACUUAAUUUGUAGUGGGUUUUCUUGUUUGCUUUCUUUAUGUUUGAUCCAUAAGACAACUUCUCUACAAAUUGAGAAGGAAAAAAAAAGAAAACUGAAAUUAUUAUUGAAGUAAAAAAUGCACUCAGGUUUGGUUGUACACAAGAAUAAGAAAAUCCAGUUUUAAUUUCA